AUGGCCGAUAGCGAGAUGGGUGGGGCAAUGCAGAAUGGAAGGGAGGACAAGGGAGGCGGGAAGGCGGAGGACGAGGCAGAGGGUGUGAGAGAGAGAUCCAUCUCCAAUCCGCCCACGGAUGCGCUCAAAAAAGACGUGAUUUGGCGCGCUGUCACAACACAGCUGCUUCCUAGCCUACGCGGACUACUUCUCAAGGACAGCAAGGACAAGGAGGGAGGGAAGCAGAAAGUCCUGCGUGCGCCCAUGGCCCUCGCCCUCCUGAAACUCAUCAAGAUGCUUCCCCGGACCAGCUACGAGCAGGAAUUGACGCGGCUCUUUAUGUCGGUCUGCGGAACUCUCCGUAGUCGUGACUCGAACGUCCGCGAUGCCGCCAGGGAGGUCCUUGCCAAGAUGGCCCAAGACCUGGGACCGACCUACUUAGGCAUGAUCAUCAAAGAGCUUAAGGGGGCGCUGCGGGAAGGCUACAUGCUGCAUAUUCGUAUCUUUACGCUGCACACGGUCCUACGCUCCUUGGAGGAGGUGUACAAACCUCCUCUCGAUGCUCCGUCCCUGCCAGUACCUCGUGCCAGCUUGGCAGCGGGCCCCUCCCCUGAGACGAGCUCUUACGGCAAUGGGAGCGACAGCAAUGCCCACGCCCUGCGGCCUCCCUUGGAUGCCUGCUUGACCGAAAUUGUGGCGCUCUUGACCGAAGACUUGUUCGGGGAGGCAGCGGGGGCGAAAGAGGCGGAGGCGGAGGUGAAAAGCGCAACCAUCAAAGAGGCCAAGGGGCAGAAGGCACUGGACGGGCUAGAAAUCCUCUCGCGCCUCUUGCUUUUCCGGCCCACCUAUGCCGUGGCUUGUCCUGAGGACCCGGGGGCUCUUUCGUCCGUCCAUGCCCUGGUCAAGCCAUUCCUACUGCAGCUGCACGACUCGGAAUCCCCCCGUAUGCACGGACGCGUCAACGAAGCCCUUCAACGGGUGGUGGCUGGGCUGUCUGUGAAUCCCAGCCUGAAGGCAGAAGAGGUCUUAUUGUACGUGUACGGCUUGAUUUCUCCCUUCGUCCUGAGCGAGGACGAGGACGAGGAGGAGAGUGGCGGGCUGGACGGGCAAGAGCCGGAGGCGGAGGCCAGUGAGAGCGAGGUUGAUGAGGAAGAUGAUCUGCAGGUGAUUGGAAAAGCAGCAGUGAAGGCGACGGAAGCUCCGAAGCCAGACCUGCAUCGGCCCAAGAAGGAGGUGCCAAGCUGGCUGCCCGUGGACGGGACGCUUAAGCUAGCAGUGGAAGCCAAGCAAGUCCAGCGGAUGGCUGCAAGGGAGGAAAUCCGCGUUUUGGAUGGAAAGAAUGCCCCGAAGCUCACAGGCUGGGGCCGACACGGUACCAAAGCACGGCGUGCCGAGGGCGGCAUGUUCGGUUCUCCGGCAGCCUUGGCGGCGGGAGUCUUGGGCUUGCGCUUGUUGCAUUCGUAUCUGAAACGACUGGGACAGCCCUCUGAGGAGCUCAUUCCCGUUUUAGACCCCUACGUAGGUCUUCUUGCCCGCUGUGUCCGCCGAAGAGUGAACGAUAGCAUCGUUCUUCUCUCGCUCAAAUGCCUCGCUCUUAUGCUCCGACACCUAUCCUCGCUACCGUCCUUGACAUUCUUGACGCCACGUCUUGUUCGCUCUUCGCUCAGUCUUCUCAGCAUGGCCGGAGGGCCUGCAAACUCCCGGGACGAGAUUGUGCAGUCUUGCUUGAGAAUCCUCACCAUCCUGAUUGCGGCCUCGGGGAACAGCAUUGAAGACGACGCGCCGCUGGGACCACUGGGCCUCACUCAGCCGGAAAAACGGCCGUCGCUCCCGAUCCCCACCAAGAGCCUCGGCGCCCUCGUCUGUUUGCUCCGUGCUGCCGCUUUGGAUUACGACCAUGUCAACGCACCUUUCGCGCUCGUCCGGGCUUUAGUCGCUCGUCGGGCCAUGGUCCCUGAGAUGUACGACCUGAUGGAGCAAAUGCUGGGAAUCGCGGUGACUUCCCGUCGGCCGACAGUCCGGCAAAUGGGCGGUCAAAUCAUUGUCUCCUUCCUCUUGCACUACCCCCUCAGCUCAGUCAAGGUCGCGGGGUUUCUGCAACAGGCAGUGCGGAACCUGGACUAUGAAUAUGCGGAAGGUCGAAUGGCCGCCUUCGGUCUUUUGCAAACUUUAAUCAUGAAACUGCAGGUGUCCAUGUUAAACGAGCACGCUCAGGUGGUGUUUUUCCCCAUGGUCCUGCGUUUGGUGAAUGACCCUUGUCCCAAGACGAGGGCAGCCGCGGCAGAUGCCAUAAGUGCGCUGCUGCGCCGGGUCUCAGGAGAUGUGUUCAACACCUUGCUUGAUUACCAAUGUCGGUGGAUGCGAAUGCACGUGGAGAAUGAAGGGCUCGCACGUGCGGCAGCGCAGGCAGUGGGGCUGUUCGUGGACAGCCGACCCGAUUUGUUCAAGCGGGGAGGGGAGGACGGUCUAGGCAUGGAGCUCUUGCUCCUUUUUUCUGACACCUUGGCCUCGGUGGAAAAGCGAGGGCCCGUACCAGACGUGCAGGCGGAUGGCUUGGAGAGCCCCCAUGAGCGAGAGGGGGAGGCAGCCUUGGGGUGGGAGAUGGCAUACCACUGCCUCGGGACGAUAAGCAGGAUUUAUGCGAGGCUCCCUGGCAUGGUGGAGAGCUUUUUGCACGGCUUUCCCGAGGGAAUGACGCUCUUGUCCGCCACGUCAGAGAUUUUGUGCUACCGUCACGCCUGGAUCGACCGCCCUUCUUUAGCUCCAGAAUUGAGCCUGCGCGCAGUCAAGAGCUUGGUAUUUCUCACCUCAGCCAUGGUGCAUACAGAGCUGGAGCUUGAACAUGGAGGAGGGAGCCCCGUGCGGGCGGACGCAGCCCUAGAGGGGGAAGAGGAAGACGUGGGUGGCGGGGAGUCUGAGGUCGGCGUCCAGGAAAAAGGGGACGCACCCAAAGAUUUACUCUCGUGGAUCUUUCAUCGGCUUUCGUACAUGGCACGACGCAAGGGAGAGGAUCGGCGUUGCGCGGUUUUCCAGUUCUUUGCCGCCGUGACCACAUUGGAGGGCCAGGCCGUGGUCGAAAGGUUCCUUCCGCACAUGCUGUCUCCAUUGUACAGGGCGACCAGUGACGGACAAGCGGAAGCGAGCGCCCACGGGAACGACGCAGUGGAGUUGGCGAAAGAGGUGACCGCGUUGAUCGAAGAGAAAGCGGGAGCCACGGCGUUCCUGAAGGCGUUCUCUGAUGUACAGAAACAGGCGACACAGAAAAGGGCGAGCCGGAAACAAGCGCGGGCGGUGGAAGCAAUCACAGACCCUGGGGCGGCGGCCCAACGAAAACUGGCAAAGAACGUCAUGAAACGGGAAACAAUCAAGAGGAAGAAAGGGAAGUACCGAGAAAUUCGGGGGGGAGCGCCGCCCGGAGAAAGGGCCUCGAAGAGACAGCGCUCGGUGGGAGAGGGAAACAAGGAUGAGGGCAUGUAA